UCUGGGCUGCUUUCCACAGUUCAUUCCUCUGUCAGAACCCAGGCAUCCUGGCCUCCAGCUGAAACCGCUGCCUGUGGCUCCCCCCAUCCUUGGCCCCGUGACUCAGUCCCUCUGAGGGAACCAGCCCUCUUCUUGGCACAUGGGGGCUAGGUGGUGACAUCAGAGUUGAGGAGUAUAAAAGUUCUCAGCCAAAAUAGAAUUGAAGAUACAACCUGACAGUGGCCUGUAACAGGGACCUCUCUGCCUGACAUCCACGGAUGUCUGGGGGCAUAUGCUCACUGUGUCAAGGCCUGCCCACUGGUGAGAGGCUGCUGUGGGUCUUGGGAAGAGGGUGGACAGAGAGAAGUCUGAAUUGCUUGAACAGGAUCUGUACAAAUGCAGGUCUUGUCCUGGAAGGCAGGGCUCACAGCAUUUACCCAUUCACUCCUUCUCUUCCGGACUCCAUGUUGGGCUCUCUUUCCCUUCUGUGGCUGGCAGCCAUGACCACCUCCUUGGUUUCCCAAGCUCAGAUCUUGACCCUGGAAGACUACCAGGAAGGGGAAGAGGAUGAUGUGGCAGUAGCUACACCUGCCUUAGCUGUCCGUUGCGACUAUGACCGUUGCCGCCACCUGCAGGUGUCCUGCCAGGAGUUGCAGAAGGCUGGGCCGGUAGCCUGCCUGUGCCCAGGGCUCUCCAGGGAAGAUCAGCAGCCAGAGCCUCCUCGCCUGGGAGAAGUGCGAAUAGUGGCCGAAGAAGGCUACGCAGUGGUUCACUGGUGCGCUCCCUUCUCUCCCGUCAGCCACUACUGGCUUCUGCUUUGGGAAAGCAACGGGGCUCCACAGAAGAGUGCCCCGCUCAAUGCUACAGUUCGAAGAGCAGAGCUGAAGGGACUGAAGCCUGGGGUUACUUAUGUCCUUUGUGUGGUGGCUGCUAAUGACGCAGGUGAGAGCAAUGUUCCUGGGGCAGAUGUCGAGGGUCCUGAGAACUGGACUGGCCCUUCCUUUGGGCCCUGUCGCAAGUUUAUUAUGCCGCCUAAGCCUGUUACCCUGGUCCACGCAGCUGUGGGAGUAGGCACCGCCUUAGCUCUGCUGAGCUGUGCCGCCCUGGUCUGGCAUUUCUUCCUUCGUGAGCGGUGGGGCUGCCCCCGACGACGUCAAGGUAUUGCCCAACCUUCAGAAGCUCUCUGAUGGAAGUCCCAUCCACUACAAACAACCCUGGUGCAGUCCAGCCUCAUCUGGAGAGCCCAACCACUCCCAGGAGGAGUGUGGGGCUUGCUGCCACCUGGCACCAGAGGUACAGCCAAGCUAGAGCAGAAGCCCAGGCAAUUACCUCAGAACUGAGGGCUUGUUUAGUCCCUAAUUGGUCACUCACUAUGUUCCUUCCCUGCUGGGGGUUAGAAAAAGUAGCAUUUAUUCCUUAGAGGUCAGAUGAAAAUGAUUUAAGCUUUAUGGGUUUGAGGGGGUAAAAAUUACAGACAUUAUCUAAGUACUUACAUAUAGCCAGGUAAAAUGGAGCUAUUCAAGGCCAGGCACUGUGGUUUACAGUUUUAAUCUCCACGCCCUGGAGGCAGUGGCAGGCAGAUUCUUGAGUUUCCAAAGCAGCCUGAUCUACAUAGAAAAAUCCCAGGCCAACACAGAUAAUAUAGUGAGACCCUGUCUCAAAAAGAAUAAAACAAAACCAAAACCAACAAAAUGAGGGGCAGGAAAGAGAGACUGUUAAGCAGUUAAGAGCACUAGCUAUUUUUCCAGAGGACCAGAGUUUUAUUCCCAACAUCCACAUGGUAACUCACAGCCAUCUGUAAUUCCAUUUCCAGGAGAUGAAAUGUCUGCUUCUGACCUCUGCCAGCACCAGGCACUCACAUACAUACAUACAUACCUACAUACAUACAUACAUACAUACACACACAGACAAAACACUCAUACAUAUAAAAUAAAAAUUAAUUUGAAAUGUAGCUAUUUAAAAAUGUAAACUGUUCGUAGCUCAUAGGCCUCUCAUGGCCUGUUGGCUGGGCUUUGCCAACACCUGUUAUACUCAAAAGGACUCUGCAACUGUGGGUGGCAUCUAUACAGAUUCUGAGAAUAAGCUUCUGCAGGGUGGGUAUCGAGACUGGAGCUGUGUCCUUCUGCUACCUAUUGUUCCGUUACUAAGGAUGGCCCUGCUCAGAGUCCACCUGUGUCUAUGGAAGCUGAGCAUGAAAAAUCGGCCUGGGUUGGAGGAGACAGGAGGCCCAAGCUUCUGUCUACACAAGUUAGUGAGUUCAUUUAUUACUAAGAGUUUAUACCAAUGACUCCCCACAAUUUCGUGUAAUUGUUUUUCCACUGUAUUAACAUAAUAUAACAUUAUAACUAAAAUCAUUAUAUUUUCA